AUGAUCGAAAGAUUCGAUCAGAUCGACAGUCAACUGGAUGCGCUCGAGUGUAAUGUGAGCACGAUUGUGGUCGGAGCGCAUCGGGCACGAAACGCCGUCAAAUACGUUUGUCAGCAGAUUGUGGCCAUCGUUGAACACGAACAAAAAAGGACCGUUUGGGCACCUGCAAUCAAACAAACGGCAACGAAUAAUGGCAGUAAUAGCAACAAUACGAAUAAUAGCAGUAGCAGCACAAACAAUAAUAAAAUCAAUUAA